GGUAAGCCUAUGAAGGGUCUUAGUCACGUUGUCACCUGAUUUGACAUUUUUAGAAAGUUUUUGUUUUUGUUUUGAUUAAGAGUUUUCGAAAACUCUCUGGAGUUGGUUGCAAUAUAUUGAAUAAGUAUAACUUUGGAAUAUGGAUGACUUCGAUAUAGAAUGUUCCGAUGAAGAAUUUAAAGAUUGCAAAGGUCCAUGGGAGCCAGAACCUGAAGAAGUAGACCGAUUGUACACAGCAUUACAAAAUGGGGAGUUUCAGGAGCUAAAAUGGACUUGUCCCGGGUACAGGUCACCCUCUCCAGAAAAAGUAGAAGAACUGGAGGAAGAAUCUGAUUCUAAAGAGCCUGAAGAGCAGUCUGACUUUGACUUCAUGGAAGAAAACACAAAUACACCUAAAUUGAAGAUUAGGAAUAAAGGUGAAGAUUCAUUGAAAGGUAGUGCUAAGAAAAAGACUACUUCCCUGGAUGGUGUUAUCAACAACAUGAUCAGACAUAAUUUGUUGUCUUCAAAGAGUUCCAAAUAGUCAUUAUAUUAUUAUAUUUUUUUGAGAACAAUAAAUGUCUAAUAUAUAAGAUUAAAAUAAAUAAGAAAUUUAUAUUUUUUGUCUGAUUUAUUUGAUUUUUUUAAGCAAUGAUUUACUAUCAUAAAAUUGGUAUUGAGAUCUCAUUUUAUGCUUAUAUUGAUUUUAUAAGAUUAAAUUGUAUAGACCACCUAUGUUAAUCUAUGACAAGUCCUUGAACUGAA